AUGGCCCAUAGGCCAGAAAGGGACCCACCGGUCCUCCCCCCUGGGAAGCUCGCUGGCCAGCACCGCACAGGACCCACCGGUCCUCCUCCCCCCUGGGGAGCUCGCUGGCCAGCAUCGCACAGGACCCACCGGUCCUCCUCCCCCCUGGGGAGCUCGCUGGCCAGCACCGCACAGGACCCACCGGUCCUCCUCCCCCCUGGGGAGCUCGCUGGCCAGCACCGCACAGGACCCACCGGUCCUCCUCCCCCCCGGGAAGCUCGCUGGCCAGCACCGCACAGGACCCACCGGUCCUCCUCCCCCCUGGGGAGCUCGCAGGCCAGCACCGCACAGGACCCACCGGUCCUCCUCCCCCCUGGGAAGCUCGCUGGCCAGCACCGCACAGGACCCACCGGUCCUCCUCCCCCCUGGGGAGCUCGCUGGCCAGCACCGCACAGGACCCACCGGUCCUCCUCCCCCCUGGGGAGCUCGCUGGCCAGCACCGCACAGGACCCACCGGUCCUCCUCCCCCCUGGGGAGCUCGCAGGCCAGCACCGCACAGGACCCACCGGUCCUCCUCCCCCCUGGGAAGCUCGCUGGCCAGCACUGCACAGGACCCACCGGUCCUCCUCCCCCCUGGGGAGCUCGCAGGCCAGCACCGCACAGGACCCACCGGUCCUCCUCCCCCCUGGGGAGCUCGCUGGCCAGCACCGCACAGGACCCACCGGUCGUCCUCCCCCAUGGGGAACUCGCUGGCCAGCACCGCACAGGACCCACCGGUCCUCCUCCCCCCUGGGGAGCUCGCUGGCCAGCACCGCACAGGACCCACCGGUCCUCCUCCCCCCUGGGGAGCUCGCUGGCCAGCACCGCACAGGACCCGCUAUGGUAGUUGCCUCGCACCGAGUUACUGCGACCAAAGAAUAA